GAGUCCCUGAAGUUAUUUUCGAGAGACGUACUCUUUCAAGGAGCAACUUCUUGGGUCUUCAUGCAGACAUGGAUCUGGAUAAACCAUCUGUCUGGGAUUCAUUGAAACAGCGGACCCGGCCUUUGUUAGUAAACUUGAGCAAGAAGAGGGUGAAGAAGAACCCCAGCAAAGCCCUAGACCUGAGGGCCAGGCACCAGCUGGACCGCCGCCUGAGCCUCUCUGUGCCCGACAUCCUGGAAGCCGGGGCCUUGCCCCCCGAGGGGCGGCCUUACUCUGGGCCCCAGUCCUCCUACACUUCAGUGCCCAACAGUCUGUCCACCGCAGGGAUCUUACCCAAGAGUAGCAGUAGCUCCUUGAAACAGUCUGAAGAGGAAUUGGAGUGGAGCCAGGAAGAAGCUGGCCACCUCCAGGUGGUGGAAACGGACUCAGAAGAGAACUAUGCGUCCCCCACCGAGGACAGGAGGUCCUCCAGCCACAGCCUCUUUGAUCUCCAGAAAACUCUGCUCGGAGGCGACGCAUCAGAAGAGCCAGAGAAGCUAUGUGGAAGUGGUGAUUUGAAUGCUUCUGUGUCAUCCCAACAUUUUGAAGAACAAUCUACUCUCCGGGAAGCUGGCGAUGGCUUGAGUAACCUCCAGAGCCCUUUUGCAUAUCUCUUGACCAUACACCUGAAGGAAGGCCGGAAUCUGGUCAUCCGAGAUCGCUGUGGCACAAGUGACCCCUAUGUGAAAUUUAAGCUGAAUGGGAAGACGCUGUACAAAAGUAAAGUCAUCUAUAAGAACUUGAACCCAGUUUGGGAUGAGAUAGUUGUAUUACCAAUACAAAACCUUAAUCAAAAGCUAUGGGUGAAGGUAUAUGAUCGAGAUUUAACCACUUCUGAUUUCAUGGGUUCUGCCUUUGUAAUGCUCAGUGAUCUUGAGCUUAACAGAACAACUGAACAUAUUUUAAAAUUGGAAGAUCCAAAUAGUUUAGAAGAUGACAUGGGAGUUAUUGUGUUAAAUUUGAACCUAGUAGUAAAACAGGGUGAUUUCAAGAGACAUCGUUGGUCAAAUCGGAAACGGUUAAGUGCCAGCAAGUCCUCUUUGAUACGCAACCUCCGACUCUCGGAGUCCUUGAAAAAGAACCAACUCUGGAAUGGGAUUAUAAGUAUAACUUUGUUGGAAGGGAAGAAUGUCUCAGGAGGAAGCUUGCCAGAGAUGUUUGUCCAGUUAAAACUGGGAGAUCAGAGGUAUAAAAGUAAGACACUGUGUAAGAGUGCAAAUCCCCAGUGGCGGGAACAGUUUGACUUUCACUACUUCUCUGACAGGAUGGGCAUUUUGGACAUUGAAGUGUGGGGAAAGGACAACAAAAAGCAUGAGGAGCGUCUGGGCACGUGUAAAGUGGAUAUUGCAGCGCUCCCGCUCAAGCGAGCCAACUGCUUAGAACUGCCGCUGGAGAGCUGUCUGGGGGCUCUACUGAUGCUGAUCACGCUCAGCCCCUGUGCAGGAAUUUGUGUGUCUGAUCUGUGCGUGUGCCCCUUGGCAGACCCCAGCGAAAGAAAGCAGAUUUCCCAGCGAUAUUGCUUACAGAACUCCCUGAAAGAUAUGAAGGACGUCGGCAUUUUACAAGUGAAGGUUUUAAAGGCAGUAGAUCUCUUAGCAGCAGAUUUCUCAGGGAAGAGUGAUCCUUUUUGCUUGUUGGAAUUAGGCAAUGAUCGCCUUCAGACACAUACGGUUUACAAAAACCUCAACCCUGAAUGGAACAAAGUUUUUACAUUUCCCAUUAAAGAUAUCCAUGAUGUUUUGGAAGUGACAGUAUUUGAUGAAGAUGGCGAUAAACCCCCGGAUUUUCUGGGAAAAGUUGCCAUUCCCUUGCUGUCCAUUAGAGAUGGACAACCAAAUUGUUAUGUAUUGAAGAAUAAAGAUUUAGAACAAGCUUUUAAAGGAGUUAUUUACUUGGAAAUGGACCUCAUAUAUAAUCCGGUCAAAGCAAGUAUUAGGACCUUUACCCCCAGAGAAAAGCGCUUUAUUGAAGAUAACCGUAAGCUGUCCAAAAAGAUCUUAUCAAGAGAUGUAGACCGCGUGAAAAAAAUCACCAUGGCAAUAUGGAAUACAAUGCAGUUCCUUAAAAGCUGCUUCCAGUGGGAAUCCACAUUGAGAAGUGCAAUAGCAUUCGUGGUAUUUUUGGUCACCGUCUGGAAUUUUGAACUGUACAUGAUCCCUCUGGCAUUAUUGCUGCUCCUCAUUUACAGUUUCAUCAGACCCGUGAAAGGGAAGGUCAGCAUCCAGGACAGCCAGGAGAGCACAGACAUAGAUGAUGAGGAGGAUGAAGAUGACAAGAGAGAGAAGAUGAUCUAUAGUAUCUCAACCAGGGGAGACUGUUGUCCUUGGAAGACGUCUUCUUACAAUCUAAUAGAAUCUGAGAAAAAGGGCUUAAUUGAAAGAAUCUAUAUGGUACAAGAUAUUGUUUCAACAGUUCAAAACAUCUUAGAGGAAAUCGCUUCUUUUGGAGAAAGAAUUAAAAACACAUUUAACUGGACGGUCCCAUUCCUUUCAUUCCUGGCCUGUUUGAUACUGGCUGUAACCACCAUCACUUUGUACUUCAUCCCACUGCGGUACAUCAUUUUAAUCUGGGGCACUCGGUGUUUGAUAAAUGAAAAACAAUGAAUGAAAGAACCCUCUGCCUCCAUCCUGCCAAUGUAUUGCAGUUGGAACUACACACUCAUAAAUGGCUGAAGAAAGAGUGUUGUAAUACUGUUUCAAGUUGUUUUCUCAUGUGGACAUUCAUGCAGAGCAGCCAUGUGAUUUUGCCUCUCUCCUGACUCUGCAGGUCGUGUUUCUUACUGAAAGGCUCUUUCCACCCCACUGUUCUAGUCAAUUUAUGAUCUGAGACCAUUAAAUGAUAGUGUCUUCCCCAAAUGUUAUCCCUUGGCAUUUGGAUCCCACUUGUUUUGUUUUGUUUUCAUUUAAAAUAUCCACCUUCUGUUUGUGUAUAUUGUUUAGAUUAAAUAAUGUAAAGAUACGUGUAGCAUGGUACUGGAUAAAGCCAUAACUUCCAAAUUUGGGUACGUGAUCAUAUGUCUAAUAGUAUAAAGACUCCUUUCCAUCACCACCUCCUUUGUCUUUUUAAAGCUUAUUGAUUUUAGCAGUAAUGAUGAUUCUGCAUUGUUGUAAAAGUACAGUAUCAUCUUGCCCAUAUUGUCCAAUGUGAUUCUCCCAAUGACCCAGGAAACCAGUUCUUUUUUAUUACAAUUUUAACAGAAACAGUAUGAGAUUCAGGAAGGUUAAGUGAUUUGUCCAAAAUCACAUAGCUGAUAUGUGAAGAAGUCAGCACUAGAAUUCGGGUAUUCCUGCCCAUAAUCCUUGUUCUUUCCUCCUUGCCCAUUGUCUGUUUGAGAUGACCAAGGAGUACACGAUCUCCUCUUGAAACGUGGCCUCAAACAGUUGAUGAUAUUGUAGAAUUACUGAAACAUUUGAGCCUGUGAGAGCUUAAGAAAUAAGGUGUGCUUUUGAAGCAUGCACUCUGAGUUCCUUAUAAUUUUUGUUCUAAGCUUUUCAAACACAGAGAGUCUCAGUGCAUCGUAGAUUCUUUCUGCCCUUAUUGGUGCAUUUGAGCUACUGUGCAGGUUUAUAAUCUUCUCAGUGACUAAGAAUUCAGUGUUUUGAUCGGUUGUGAUAUUAUCCCUGCCUUGCUGUUCAUUGUAAAGACUCCAGAUGCGCAGACUAUAUAUAAUUAACAAUAGAAGAUAUAUCUUUUCUCAAUACGUCUUUGUCUGCCUUCAUCAUUUUGCCUUGUCUGUUUUAUUUUGCCAGAAAGCCCAUGCUACAAUUAAAUGUCUUUAGAAUAACACAGUGAGAGUAUUUUAGUUUAAAGGAAUUCUGGGGGAAAUUUGAGCUGGAAACAUGAAGUUUGCUGUAGGGGUAGAAGGAAGAAAGGGAUAGUGUAGCUUUGACUUUAGGAAUCAUUUGCUAGGAACGUUCUCCAGCCAAACCAACAAGGACUAUUUACUCAUGGAAAAUGACUGGGUCCCCUUUGCAAAUCAGACACAAAUCUGACCCUCCAAAUAAAUGGCUGGAUGUUGGCAUUAUGCCAGAUCUAAUACCAUGUAGGAAGUCCAGUCCUUAGAUGAGUGCAAGAUAAAAUUUAAUAAAAGAAGAAAAACAUCAAAGCUUCCAUGUAUUCAGGAGUGUCGAACUGUUAAAUGUUACCUUGACUUGUGGGUAGGAGCCAUUCAGUGUACACCUAUGCUAUGAAUUCAUUCAGCACCAUUUGGACUGAUACGAUCCUUGUUAAACAAGCACCCUGUGGUAUAACUUGAGAAGGCCACCUAGUCUUCUGCUUGUAAACCUCAACAUGAAAUAAGGGUUGACAUUUGGUAAAUUAAAAAAAAGAAAAAGAAGCAAAGAAAGAUAGAAAAGAUUAGAGCUUAUGAGCUCUGGUUAUAAGCCAAGCAGCUCCAAGGAGUAGAGCAGGGGGCAAAAGGUAGUUGAGAACACAGUGGUCACAGCAUGGUCGGAUAUGUCCCUGAGCCCAGAGUGCAGCCACCUAAGUGGGACACUGCAACAUGCUGACAUCGUGAACGGUAACCCUCCUUCUAAUUAUCCUUGUCCCCAUCCUAAAUUAGCAUUGCCCAGACAUUGCCCAGACAAACCCACACACCAGUGUUGCCGUCCAUAAAUCAAGUUAGCAACCAUAGUAAGAUAAUUUUCCAAUAAUAACUUUUCACAGUUUCCUGCAGCAUCAAAGUACAAUCAACAUGUCAAGUUCUGUUCUGCAGUGAGAGGAAAGAAACCUGUGAAAAUGAGUUGGAAGGGGGGUGGUUGCGGUGGAUAGAUUUCUGCAGUUUCUUUUUAACAACAAAAAAACAACUCCCGCCCUCCACCUCUCACUGCAGCGUUCAAUCGGGAGCCUCCAAGCAGGGACUUGUUUGGACUAAUGAAGGCCUUUUCCCAUCUGGGACAUUUGUUUUCAUAGCAGAGGAUGCUGUUAAUCAGCGUAUUCCAAAAAGGCCAAUGAGCUCCACAGUUUUAGCGUGUGUUUCUGCCGCCCUGCUGCUGGGAAUGUAAUGGGAUUUUCACAGCUGAAGAAGGCAGAGGCCCCUCAUCUACAACACCCCCUUCCUUCCUUCAAGAAAAGGCAUUUGUGAAUGAUUCCUCAUGACAGCAACAUGUGCAUGACUUGAGGUCCAGUAAUUGUUUUCACACUAAUUUUUACUUGUGAAUCUCCUACCCCUCUGUGUCAGACGAGUUUUAAAGAGGAAUGAAUGAAUGAAAGAAGGAAUAUAAAGCAAGAACGCCCCUGGUACUUCUCUU